GGGGAACAAGAGGACGCGGUUACUGAUAACUUCUGCACCUGGACAGCGACCUUCGUUAGGCUAACGGCGUUUUAAGGGCUGUCUCAAUAGUGUGAUAAACACUGUCUGUAUAUUAAGAGUCGGAACAUAUGCCUUGAAAAUAUUUUCUAGAACCCCGGAUUGUUAUUGUCGUCAAGAGCUGAGUGCUGCGGGCUAAUAUAUGAGGAGCAGCCAAAUCGAGCAGUACUGUAGAGAAACGUUUGUUAGACCGCAGAGGCAGUAUCUUCCUCUUUAUUUGUCGCACAUAAAACCGAGCGAGUGGGAAACACUUUUACAGGGACAGACUGCGUUCAGGAAGAAACUAGGCAACAUUGUUACCGGGACAGAACUUAACUAUACGCAUUUUCCUUUGUACAUUUUGACACCGGUGUAAAAGUGAAGAUGCUGCGGCUUCCUGGAGCAGGGAUAACGCUAUUGCUCUGGAUGUUUAGCCGCAUCAGCAGCUUCAAUGCAGCUCUCCCAGCAUCCCCCAAGUGUGACGAAGCCCUGGCCACACCCCUUUCCCAGAAUGCCUUCACCAGCUCGUCUGUGUUCUCCAGCAGCUACGCACCGGUGUACGCCAAGCUGAACAAGAGAGGAGGUGCUGGAGGCUGGUCCCCUCUGGACAGUGACCACUAUCCAUGGCUGCAGGUGGAUUUAGGCAGCCGGAAGCAAAUAUCUUCCAUAGCAACACAGGGCAGGUACAGCAGCUCUGAUUGGACGACAAGAUACAGGCUCCUCUACAGUGAUACAGGAAGAAACUGGAAACCAUACCACCAAGAUGGCAACAUCUGGGCAUUUUCAGGCAAUUCCAACACCGAGAGCGUGGUCCGACAUGACUUACAGCAUUCCAUUGUUGCCCGGUACCUGCGUAUCGUUCCUCUGGACUGGAGUGGAGAAGGGCGUAUUGGCCUGAGGAUAGAGAUCUAUGGCUGUCCUUAUUGGGCGGAUGUGAUAAACUUCGACGGCCAAGGGGUGAUCUCCUACCGCUUCAAAAUUAAGAAGAUGAAGAUUCUGAAGGACGUAAUUGCCCUGAAGUUUAAAACUUCGGAGAGCGAGGGUGUCAUCCUGCAUGGAGAGGGACAGCAGGGAGACUAUAUCACCCUGGAGCUGAAGAGAGCCAAGCUGGUGCUGCAGAUAAACCUGGGCAGUAAUCAGUAUGGCUCCAUUCUUGGGCACACAUCAGUAACAAGUGGAAGCCUAUUGGACGAUCAUCAUUGGCACUCAGUGGUCAUCGAGCGCUACAGACGGAAUGUCAACUUCACCCUGGACAGACACACACAGCACUUCCGCACAAAUGGAGAGUUUGACCAUCUCGACCUGGACUAUGAGCUCAGCUUUGGUGGAAUGCCAUACUCAGGGAAGCCAAGCUCAGGAGGCCGAAAAAACUUCAAAGGGUGCAUGGAGAGCAUCAACUACAAUGGUGAUAACAUCACUGACCUCGCCCGGAGGAAGAAACUAGACACAUCAAGCUUUCGUAACCUGAGCUUCACCUGUGUGGAGUCCCACAUGUUCCCUGUGUUCUUCAACGCCACCAGCUACCUCCAGCUACCUGGGCGGAGAAACCAUGACGUAGUGUCAGUCAGUUUCCAGUUCCGCACCUGGAACGCCAACGGGCUGCUGCUCUUCAGUACACUCGCCGACGGCAUGGUCGAAGUGGCACUCAACGAAGGCAAAGUGAGCGUACACAUCAAUGUCACACAGAAGAAGAACACACGCAUAGACAUAUCAUCUGGUUCUGGACUGAAUGAUGGCCAGUGGCAUGAUGUGCGGUUUUUGGCCAAGGAGAAUUCUGCCAUGCUGACCAUUGAUGGAGAUGAUGCUUCUGCAGUAAGGACCAGUACCCCUAUUCAGAUUCAGACUGGAGGCGUGUACUACUUUGGAGGUUACUUCCUGCGCUCCAGCCCGGUGCCCACGCAGCGCUCCUUUCAAGGCUGCAUGCAGCUGAUCCACGUGGACGGGCAGCUGGCUGACCUCCACGCCGUGGAGCAAGACAGGCUGGGCGCCUUCGAAAACAUCAGCCUGGACAUGUGCGCCAUCAUAGACAGGUGCAUGCCCAACCAUUGUGAACACGGCGGCAGGUGCGCCCAGACCUGGGACAGCUUCAGCUGCGCGUGUGAUGGGACGGGAUACACAGGGGCCACGUGUCACACCUCUGUUUAUGAGCAGUCCUGUGAAGCGUACAAGCACCUCGGCAAAAUGUCAGACACCUACUGGAUUGACCCGGAUGGGAGUGGUCCUCUUGGGCCUUUCAGGGUCAACUGCAACAUGACAGAGGACAAGGUGUGGACGACGGUGAUGAACAACCUCCCUCCGCAGACCUCUGUGACUGGCUCCAGCAGGGAGAAGAGGACGGUGCUGCAGCUCAACUACAGCGCCUCCAUGGAGCAGGUGUCGGCCAUCACUAGCAGCGCGGAGCACUGCGAGCAGCAUGUGGCCUACGCCUGCCGAAUGUCCCGCCUGCUCAACACCCCCGAGGGAACGCCGUACACGUGGUGGGUAGGGAAGGGCAACGAGAAGCACUUCUACUGGGGUGGCUCGGGGCCUGGGAUCCAGAAGUGCGCCUGUGGCAUCGAUCGCAAUUGCACCGACCCCAAGUAUUACUGCAACUGCGACGCCGACCAGAAGCAGUGGAGAGAGGAUUCUGGACUGCUGCUGUAUAAAGACCACUUACCUGUCAACCAGGUGGCUGUUGGAGACACAAAUCGACCAGGCUCAGAGGCAAAGCUGACUGUCGGACCUUUACGCUGUCAAGGGGACAGUAAUUACUGGAACGCGGCGUCCUUCACCACGCCCUCCUCCUACCUCCACUUCUCCACCUUCCAGGGAGAGACCAGCGCCGACAUCUCCUUCUACUUCAAGACCUCGGCCCCGUACGGCGUUUUCCUGGAGAACCUGGGCAACACGGACUUCAUCCGCCUGGAGCUGAAAUCGCCCACCGUAGUGUGCUUCUCCUUCGACGUGGGCAACGGGCCCGUGGAGCUCAACGUGCGGUCCCCCACGCCGCUCAGCGACGACCAGUGGCACAGGGUCAGCGCCGAGCGCAACGUGAAGGAGGCCGUGCUGCAGCUGGAUCAGCAGUACAAGGAGGUGCGGCCGGCGCCCCCCCAGGGCCACACCCGCUUGGAACUCUACAGCCAGCUUUACGUGGGCGCAGCAGGAGGACAGAGGGGCUUUCUGGGAUGCAUCCGUUCCCUUAAGAUGAAUGGCGUGACCCUUGACCUGGAGGAGAGAGCAAAGGUCACCCCUGGGGUGAAGCCCGGUUGCUCCGGGCACUGCACCAGCUAUGGGAUGUACUGUCGAAAUGGAGGCAAGUGCGUGGAGAAAUACAACGGAUACUCCUGCGACUGCACGUCCACGGCCUACGAUGGAGCUUUCUGCACUAAAGAUGUUGGUGGCUUCUUUGAGAUAGGGACCCUGGUCAGGUACAGCUUCAUGCCUGAGGCUGCACCAGCAGCGACCAAGGAGGGCAAGGGUCUCUCCCAGAAUCUGGCCUUAGAGGCCAACCUGACCCAGGAGGACCUGGCCUUUAGCUUCAGCACGUCCAACACGCCCAGCAUCCUGGUCUACAUCAGCUCCAAGACCCAGGACUACCUGGCAGUGGUCCUGCGUCACAAUGGAACGCUGCAGAUCCGGUACGACCUGGGCGGCCUGAGGGAGCCCUUCACCAUCGACGCGGACCAGCGCAACCUGGCCAACGGCCAGCCCCACAGCGUCAACAUCUCCCGUGUCCAGAGAAACAUCCGACUGCAGCUGGACCACUAUCCUCCAGUGAGCUACUCCCUUCCAGAUGCCUCCGACACCCAAUUCAACCUGAUCAAAACGCUUUUUCUGGGCAAAGUCUUUGAAACGGGUCCGAUCGACCCGGUCCUCAUCGAGAACUACAACACGCCGGGCUUCGUGGGCUGUCUGUCGCGGGUGCAGUUCAACGGCGUCGCCCCCCUGAAGGCCGCGCUGAGGUCACGCAUCGCCGCGCCCGUCGCCGUUCAAGGAAAGCUGGUGGAGUCCAACUGCGGCGCCUCCCCCCUCACCAUCCCGCCAAUGUCUGCCGCCACCGACCCCUGGCACCUGGACUCAGCAGGUGCUGACUUCCCAUUCAAUGAGGAGAGGGUGAUACCGGAUGGAGUGAACAGGAACUCUGCAAUAAUCGGAGGUGUGAUUGCUGUGGUCAUCUUCACCAUCCUCUGCACGCUGGUGUUCCUGAUUCGCUACAUGUUCCGUCACAAGGGCACCUACCACACCAACGAGGCCAAGGGGACGGAGUCCGGGGACAACGCAGACGCCGCCAUCAUAGGCACUGACCCCAACUUCACAGAGACCAUUGACGAGAGCAAGAAGGAGUGGUUCAUAUAAUGAGACGAUGUCGGCGGGGGGGGCGGGGGG